GGUGAAUAACACUGAAGACCCUCGAGAGGCUUUGUAACGUCCCAUCCUCAUGUAAAGUAUGCUCAGAACUUUUCCAGUAGUAGAUGUAAAGCAGAGUUAAGUUACUCACCAGAGUGGCAAAACUGCUGGGUUUGCUCACUGCCAGCAUCCGGUAAAAUUAUUUUAUCAGCAGAGAAUUGCAGAGAAUAAGUGGAAGAACAGCUCGUGUAGAAUAGUGAGUCAGGAUUUGGGGCUCUUUAACCAGCUGAGAAACUUGAAGCCUUCUGAAGAAAUGAUGUGUUGAUAUUCUGCUCCACUUGCGUAGCGCCUGCUGGAAACCAUGUCUCACUACACGGACGAGCCAAGAUUCACCAUAGAGCAGAUCGACCUCCUGCAGCGCCUGCGACGCACGGGAAUGACCAGGCAUGAGAUCCUGCACGCCCUGGAAACCUUGGACCGCCUGGACCAAGAGCACAGCGACAAAUUCGGGAGGAGAUCCGGCUACGGCGGCGGCUCCUACGGCAACAGCACCAACAACGUGCCGGCGUCGUCCUCCACGGCCACGGCUUCCACGCAGACGCAGCACUCCGGGAUGUCGCCGUCCCCGAGCAACAGUUACGACACCUCCCCGCAGCCUUGCACUACCAAUCAGAACGGGAGGGAGAGUAACGAAAGGUUGUCUGCCUUCAACGGGAAGAUGUCACCCACCCGCUACCCCCUGGCCAACAGCCUGGCCCAGAGGUCCUACAGCUUUGAGGCUUCCGAGGAGGAUUUGGACAUCGACGACAAGGUGGAGGAGCUGAUGAGGAGGGACAGCAGUGUGAUCAAGGAGGAAAUCAAAGCCUUCCUCGCCAACCGGAGGAUUUCCCAAGCAGUUGUUGCACAGGUAACAGGUAUCAGUCAGAGCCGGAUCUCCCAUUGGCUGUUGCAGCAGGGAUCGGACCUGAGUGAACAAAAGAAAAGGGCAUUUUACAGAUGGUACCAGCUUGAGAAGACAAAUCCUGGGGCCACGCUAAGCAUGAGACCCGCUCCCAUCCCCAUCGAAGAGCCCGAAUGGAGACAGACGCCUCCCCCAGUCACAGCUACCUCGGGGACCUUCAGACUACGGCGAGGCAGUCGCUUCACGUGGAGAAAGGAGUGCCUGGCUGUCAUGGAGAGUUACUUCAAUGAGAAUCAAUAUCCCGACGAGGCAAAGAGAGAAGAAAUUGCCAACGCCUGUAAUGCAGUUAUACAAAAACCAGGAAAGAAAUUAUCAGAUUUGGAGCGAGUGACCUCCCUCAAAGUGUACAACUGGUUUGCCAACAGGAGGAAGGAGAUCAAGAGAAGAGCCAAUAUCGAAGCAGCAAUCCUGGAGAGCCAUGGAAUAGACGUACAGAGCCCGGGCGGCCAUUCCAACAGCGACGACGUGGAUGGCAACGACUACUCGGAGCAGGACACUUGGCAAGUGCGCAACGGGGAGGAGGAGGGCCGGUGUUCCGAGGGAGGCAGAGAAGCUGAGAAGGUAGAAGAAGACAGGAGGAUCUGCUCCAAACAAGAUGACAGCACUAGCCACAGUGACCACCAAGACCCCAUUUCCUUAGCCGUGGAGAUGGCAGCGGUCAACCACACCAUCCUGGCGCUGGCCCGGCAAGGAGCCAACGAGAUCAAGACAGAGGCUCUCGACGACGACUGAUACCAAGAGAGGGGAGGGUCAAAGCAAGAAGUAACUUAGUUUUAGACGUAGCACCUUAGCAGACUUUCCUCGGUCCUUAAUAUGUGUUCUUACAGUAUAACUUUGCAGUUUCUUGUACGUCAGUUAGCUGUUAGGGUCUUGUUCUGUGAAGAUGGCAUGGUGCCCUCAGCCUUUGCAUAUACUCUCUCAGUAUUAAUUCCCAAUAAAUAAUCAAUCAACCAACCAACCUCCCUCUCCCGGCCCCCAGUGGCUAGAAAGAUUAAAAAAAAAAAAAAAAAAAAAAAAAAAAAAAAAAAAAAAAAAAAAAAAAAAAAAAAAAAAAAAAAAAAAAAAAAAAAGAGAAAUAAUCUUGCUGCUCUGUCUUAGCAUUCAAAGUGCUUCCAGGUAUUUUAGACAGCCCUCAAUGACAAGUCUUAGGCUACACUUAAAAUCUUGGAUAACCUUAGAGAUGGUGUCGAAAGCGAUAGUCUGUACGCUCCCCCUUCCCCCAGACUGAAAGGAUGCAAGCUGAGGUAGUGGCACAGGGUCGAUGGACACCACAUCGGGAGCAUCAGCAGAGAGUAAAAAGAACACUUGGAACCCCCAGUCCAGCGUGGGARCCAACAAUUUCCAGCUGCAAUAAGCCGUGCCUCACUGGUCAUCCGGUGACUCCRUUUACUUCGGGUGCUGUGCUGAGAAUGUCCAUUGGAAACGCAUUCCCGCAUUCCGCUCGCUGGUCACCAUGGACGUUCUCUGCUCUCACAAAGCUGCGUGGCUUGGUGGAGGAGCGCUGCCUUCUGCCUCUGGGACCGUGCUUGAAGCCCAGCCUGGGAUCAAAUGAAAGAUGAGCUGAAUGUUUAAGGGACGAAUGUCUGCUUCUCAGAACCACUGCUCGUUCUUGGCACGGCUGGCAGUGCCUGCUCAGAAGAGGUCUUAGACUCUUCUCCAUCUGUCAUUAACAAUUUCACCUUUUCUUCCUCCUCUCUCACCUUUUCUGUCCCCACCCUUCUGCCCUUUCCACUUGGCCACUUUCGAAAGCAAUGUUUUCCAGGAAGGUUGUUAAGGUCCUGAAAUGGGUGAGUGGAUGUUUACACGUCUGUGUAAGUAAUGCCUACGUCCUGACUAGCCUGAAGGGUUACCGGAGAAUCCAUCAGAGYAUAAAUAUUCUCCUAAAUAACGAACUUUUUUUGUUUGUUUAAAGGCAGGAGGAUCUCUUACCUGAGGAAUGGGGUGUGAAUGUUUUGUGUUCUCUUUACUCUGUCUUCGUUAAGGUGUGAGAAAGYGAUACUGCUACGAGCAAUUUAAUUAAUAAUUGGAAGCCAUACUGAUAAUGGAUGUGGUAAUAUUUGUAAAGCAAACCUACUCUAAGUAGCAGGAACUAAUGGAAUUGUUUUCCUUGAUCAUAUGUAGCACUUUUGUUACUUUUUUCUUAAAGAUAUUUAUAUUUGAUAAGUCUUUUUUUUAUCAUUUGAGAAUUCCAAAUACCAAACDGCAAACUCGCAUUACAGAGUCACCCUGCGAUCACCUUGUCAUCUAGUAUCUAAAUGAUGAACUGUGUGUGCAUCUAAGAAAAUUACAUCUGCUAGCAUUGUGUGGAAAUGAUCUCCUGGCAUCCUGAUAAAAUGAUAUGUUGCUGCCGGUAAGAGGAAACGUUUUGAUGGAAACAGCACGGGAAGUGUUAGAGACGGGCAGGGCUGCCGUACAUUAACAAAGAAUUCAAUUAAAAACCUGUGGAAGGUUUUGCACAGAGAUAUUUAUAUGAAAGUUUGCAUAGCGUUUCCUCGACAUUCCGUUUYGUCUUCCCACUUGGGUUUGUGUGGGAAUUGCUUGAAAAGAGGGGAAACAGCUCUGUUUGUAGGAUGGUUUUCCCUUUUCUCCCCCCGCUUUCGAGGCGGAGGGAGCCAAGGGAAGUUUUGCUGUUGCUCACCUUGUUCUCAUCCCUUCCUCCCUCUUCACUCCCAGAGAGUACCGUGACCCCCCAGUGCAGCCCCUCAGCAGGGUUUUAGCCAGGCUGAGCCCUCCAGAUCUGUAUCUCCUCUGUCCCUCUGGUGCAAACUGCUCUCCCAAGAGCCGAGGAGAUCCCGUGCUCGCAGAGGGCACCGUGGUGCCACCUCUUUGUCCCUCUGAAUAUCUGUUGGUAGGUCUCAGCCUCAACUUCCACUUAGGGAUUUAUUGGAAAAUUUAUGUGCUUUCCUUAGAUACAGACCACUGGAGCAGAAGGAAGCCAUCAUUUUUKCUGUUCUGUUGUAUUUCUCGAGUAGGCAAAUUCACGAAUAGCACCAGGGCAGGCUUGGGAAAGGCAGGGCUUGCACCAAAACCAUUGCACCACUGCAGUUAUUUCCUUCCUGCCUGUAUGAAUGUUUUGGAACUGAGGGUGGAGAGGAUGAGGAGAGCUUUUAUUUCUAUUUUUGCACAGCAGAAUGAUGGAGCAAACUCGAGCCUUAGUGGAAUUUUACCUACUUACUCAUUCCACAGUCACACGGCGAGCUGACAAGCAACAUCCACGAUUUAUAGUAAGGAGAUUUUAAUAAUCGAUGACCUCUUUACGUUGGGCUUGCCACCACCAUUUGUUCUGGCUGUUUCAUUUUCAAAAGAACAGACUCAAACUGUUGGACAGCUGCAAUUUUAAAAGAAAUAUUGCUUACUGUAGUAUCUGUAAAAAAAAAAAAAAAAAGGCGCUGUUUGAGGCUUUGCCUUUUUAAAGCAAUAGGGAAGAAUAAAAAUAGUAUGAGAACUUCUGGAUCCUGAUUAGAGGUUCAUGUGCUGCAGGAUCAAAGUAACACCACUGAAAUUGGGUGUCUGUGCCAUCUAAUGUAGAAUAAUCUGCUCUUAAUUCUGUUUGUCACUGUCAGGGAGCUCCUGCCAUCAUGCACCAGUCUCUUCUCUGAAGGUUAAACAGGUAAAAAAACCCCCCAAAAAACCCUUUGUGAGCAACUGGGGAUGGGCACAUCCCCUGGGCUGUGGCUCCCUGGAAAAUACGAGUUUUCUGCUUUCCCACCUCAUCAUCAUACCGGGGAAAACAACAAAAAGCUGAGCAAUCAGCCCCUUGGCUCACUGGGGUCACUGUUUGGGGUGUGCCUGUUCCGGCUGCUCUUUGGGCACUGAGAGGGACGAGCGGGACCUCAGCUGUCCCCAGGGUGCUCGUGGCAGGUUGUUCCCUUCGUGUGGAAGUUCAGAGUGAGUGUUUGCAGCCGUUUCAUCCCUUUUUGGUGUGAGGUGGAUGAGCUGUGAUGGGGCGGGCGCGGCUGUGACGGUGCCGAGAUGCGCAAACGGGAUCGGGAGUGAGCAACAGAAUUGCUGGAGGUGCUGUCCUGGAGUUUAGCCUCAUUCUGGAGGCUUUUCCAUGAUGUGGGAGAGUCGAUUUUGUCUUUUUGUCCUAAUUUCCUAGGCAAUGAAGCCUCAUUUUUGUCACCCUGCAGCGGAGGGGCAGUUUGGUGCAGCCAGUCCGGGGUCGCUGUGGUUUAUUCUCUGUUGGUUCCCUUGAAAUGGCUCUGGGGGCAGACCGGAGCUGCCUUUUUGUUCUGUGAACAGGGAAGUCGUGAAUUUAGGAAUCCUCAUCUGUGAUUGCUUUUACCUUCGCAGAGUGAGUUCUGGCUGAUGUUUUGGCCCUCAUAAAGUCCUUUUACUUGAGUUGUUGUCUCUUAYCGUCUUCUUAAAACAACAAUUUCUACCUCCACUUCUUUUCUGGAUUGUUUUGGUGUUGGGUUUUUUCAGUUCCCCCACUCUUUUUUGUGAAGUAUGAGAUCCCAAACAUUUACAGAAGCCUCAGGAGUUGAUCAAAAGCAGCAGAUUUGUUUUCUGUUGAUCUAAAUGCUCUGUGGACACACCCGUGGUCAGAGUGAAAUCCUGUGUCAGACGUGAGUCUGCAGCGCACCCUUUAAUUAGGGAAUCUCAUUAAGAGCCUUCAGGAGGUCAUGGAAAGGGAUUAAUCCCCUCUGUCCAUCAUUUKUGGGACCAUUGUUUGGGCAGGACAGGGGAGCUGGGAGGGUUGGAGGACGUGUCAUGAGGUGGGAGGGUUCAGGAGCUGGAAUUGUCCAGGCUGGCUUUGGGGACAUCCCAGAUUUGGGGGUUUAGCUGGCUCUGGGGACAUCCCAGAUUUGGGGGUUUAGCUGUCUUAAGUUCCUUUCAACUUAAAGGUUCUGUGCAGGAUCAAGAGUUGGACUUAGAUGAUCCUUUUGAGUCUGUUCCAACUCAGGGUAUUCCAUGAUUCCUGAGCARAUGGAGCCAGGUUCUUCUCAGAGGAGCACAGCAAAAACCAGAGGGGCAGAGGGCUAAAAGUGCAGUAAAGAAAGUCCCAGAUGAAUAUAAACAGAAAUAUUUUUAUGCUCCGUGGUAGAACUGUGGCCCAGAAAGGCAGUGGAAUUCCCAUCUUUGGGGAUACUCAAAACUCAACUGGACUGGGUUGGAUCAGAGACCUCCAGAGGUCUCUUCUGACCUGAAUUAUUCUCUGGUUCUSUGCAGACCUGCUCAGGUUGAGGUGUUCCCUGGUUCUGCUUUGUACAUGUUGACCUGUUCGAAGAAAUUCUCUGAAUUUUUUGAGGAUUUUUUUUCAGUUUUGCUGUUCAUAAAARUUAUCUUUUCUAGCCUUCUAAUACAGAGGAGCUUUAUUUGCAGGGUCUGGCUCCAGGCUCCAAUCAAGCCAUAAGUUUAGAGAUCUCAUUAAUUAUUUGCUCUGUUUACACAGUUCUUCAGGGAUAUUUGACUUAUUCUGUUUGUUUCAUUGCCUAACAUCAGAGUGGUAAGUUUUACAUGUUUUUGUAACGUUUGUGAUUUGUAGAUCAGUUUUUGCCUUCGUUUGUGAAGAUUUAUCUUUGUCUCGCUGCUGGGAGUGCAAGUGAAAAAUUCCACAGAGCUGAACCUGUUUCAGGAAAAAUGGUGGUUAACUCAAGCCCCACUGGUGACUACUGUGAUAAUUUUGGGUCAGUAAAUCACAAAUUGGUGAUUAUCAGAAGCUGAAGGGGUUUGGCUGGAAAAAAGUCUGAUUAAGCUCACUUGGAUCCUUCUUUCUUUAAGUCUGUGCUGUUGGCCACUUCUAGGAAAAAAAUGUGGUAGUUGUAAGAAGAAAUAGGUUUUAUUUUUCAUAUCGAUAAAUCCACUAAAACUGGUGUAAGAAAUUUCCAAACUCCAAGUUUGAAGCUGCCUUAAUGCAGGAUGUUGGAUCACUGUGUGUGAUCCUAACUGGAAUCCAGAGCUCACACUUUUCUUUGCAAAGCUCUAAAUUCAGUGUGAGAUUUUUGCCUGUAACCCUGAGCUGUGGGUGUUGAGUUGGUGAUGUUUUCCAGCCCUUCCUCUUUAUCCCUGGAAUUCUGCUCAUUUUAAUUKAUAUUUUUAAUAACAUUCCUGGUGCAGUCCCCACUUCCCAGUGCUCAUCAGCUCCUUUCAAACUCAUUGUAUAAUUAUCAGCAAAUUUUGGGGKUUUUUUCAAAACUUUGCUCUUAUUUUAUCUGAGUUUUCCCACUCAAGUAGCUCUUGCACUCUUUCACAUUAUUUAACUUGAUGAUAUUAUUUUAAUCAAAGUCUUAAGUAGGCAAUAAUCUUUGGUUUGGUGCAGCUUUUGGCAGGAAWUUUUUGUUGGCAGGGUUGGUCUUAAAGCUGUGUAACAUGUCAGUGACUUUAAUAUGACUUCAUUCCAUGGAUUUUGUGUGUUUGUAGCAGCAGUCAGGGCUUGGAUCCUGAUCCCAGCCUUUUUAAAGGACUUCUGUGGAGUUUUCACUGUGAUUCCUUGAAGGGAAGGUUGAUGGCCUGACCAAAAAAAUACCUUGCAGUUCCCAAGAAGAAUUAUAGAGAUUUUUCAAGCUAAACCAUUCCCCCUUGGGUUGUUGGGCAGCUGGAUAUUUACUCAGGAUAUUAGAUCAGUUAUUGGCCARAAGGGAUUUGGCAAACCCUAAAACCUUCAUUUCUGUUGUCAAAUUUAUGGGGUUUAAACUGUCURACUGAAGAUGUCACACAUUAAUGAAAACCAGAGGCAUUCUAGAGGUGGCAGCUACAAAUCCAAAUUUAAAAUACAUUGAAAUUAUCUUUCUCCUGUGUGAGAAAUGUGUUACAACUAGAAAAGGGUGGAUGGGUGUUUUGAGGACUGUCAKGAAGGUGACAGCGAUUUGAUGUUGGGUUUUGUCCAACAAAUGCAAAUCAAAUCAAACCCAUGGAAGUUUAUCUCAGUGGCAGCAGGGAGGCAGAGGGAAAAAAAUUUUAAAAGAAAAAGACUCUCUACUGAAGAGUUUGUUGGUAUUCUUGGCCUUAGGUUUUGUCAGUUAAAAAUAGGAAUUGUUUGUUUUUUUGYAGUUURURUCAG